CUAGAAAACCAUCGUUUUGCGACGGACUUUUGCGACGGACUCCGUAUCCGUCGCAAAAAUCACAUAUUUACGACGGAUUUGGCGACAGAAGAGCAAUCUGUCGCCAAAAUCAUUGAAAACUUUGGCGGGACGGUGCCCGCCAAUUUAGCGACGGAAUGUCCGUCGUUAAGCCGUCGCUAAAUUGGCGGGAUUUUGGAGGGAAUAAUUAGCGCCAAUAAUUUAGCGACGGAAAUGUAAUUCCGUCGCUAAAAAGUGACGUUUUUAAAACUCUGCGUUUUGGGUGGCUCAUUUAGCGACGGAUUUCAUUCGUCCGUCGCUAAAUGACCAGCCCAAAACGCACCGUUUAAAUUAACUCAAUUUUUGCGACGGACUGUAUAAUCCGUCGCUAAAAUUGAGUUAAUUAAACCUGCGCCCGAACCCUUCCUCUUCCUCUCUUCCUCUCUUUUCUUUUCCGGCGCCCGAACCCUUCCUCUCCUUCUCAGAUUUUCUGUCUUCCUCUUCCUCUCUUCCUCUAUUUUCCGGCGCCCAUUCUCCUUGCUCCUCCGUCAUCCCGUCAACCCAUUCUCCUUUCUCCUCCGUCAUCCAUUUUUCGCCGCUCCUCUCACCGGCGCCGCUCCUCUCCACUGCCGCUCCUCUCCACUGCCGCUCCUCUCCACUGCCGCUCCUCUCCACCGCUGUCAGGCCGAUUCUCAACCAUUCCCGCUGCCUGAAACGCCGUCCUGCUGCUGCCGCUGGUCCGACUCGCUUGCUGCCUCCGGCGCCGUCCUGCUGCUGCUUCGUGAGGUUAAUUUGAUAGCCGUCCAUUUUUUGCAUCGGUCCGACAUUUUACAUCUUUCGUUAUCUAUUGCGGUUCUGCUCUGCAACAAAAAUGGAUACAGACCGAAGUUGGAUGUAUAGGCGGCUCCAGGGCGGGUUGCUGUACCCUGGUUUUGAGGAGCGCGUCCAAGAGUUUGUAAAUUUCGCUUUACGCCAUCCAGCGUGUAUGAGCGGGCCCGAUAUUAAAUGCCCUUGCCCUAGGGUGGGAUGUAAAAAUACGAGUUACCGAGAUGUCGAAACAGUGAAGCUCCACAUUUUGCAGAAAGGGUUUGUUAAAGAUUAUCAAGUUUGGGUUUUUCAUGGGGAGGGAAAUGUUUUAAAUCCCCGUCCUGUUACACAACUGCCGGAGUGUGACGUUGACAUGGAAUAUGAGGGGGGUGACGAGUUCAGCUCAGUUCAGAGAAUGGUUAUUGAUGCUGCGGGUCCAGAAGUAGUGUUCACGGAGGAGGAGCCGAAUAAUGAAGCUAAACAUUUUUAUGAUAUGAUGCGUGCGGCCGAAGAACCUGUAUGCCCCGGUAAUAGCAAACAUUCUCCCUUGUCUGCAGCUGCUAAAAUGUUGGACAUCAAAUGUCGACAUAGUGGGUCAGUAGCUUUAGUAGAUGAUGUGACCGAAUUUAUACAAGAGCUGCUCCCAGAGGACAACAAGAUGCCAAAGAACUUUGCUGAAAUAAAGAAGAUAGUCAGAGGUCUUGGGUUGCCGGUUGAAGUUAUCGAUUGCUGUUUCCGCAAUUGCAUGAUUUAUUGGGGGUCAGACGCGGAGUUAACGCGAUGCAAAAUUUGCGAUCACGAACGGUGGAAACCGCCCCCUAAAGGAAAUUCUGUGAAAAGACGAGUUAACGUCCCUUAUAGGAAAAUGUUUUAUUUUCCUAUAACUCCGAGACUGCAGAGGUUGUACGCUUCUAAAGCCACCGCCAAGCAUAUGACGUGGCACGCAGAACACGAAAUGGUUGAUGGAAAGAUGUGUCACCCGUCAGACUCCCCGGCGUGGAAACAUUUCAGUGAAUUGCAUACAGAGUUUGCGGCAGAAGUUCGAAAUAUCAGACUGGGCCUGUGUACUGAUGGGUUUCAGCCAUUUGGGGCCUUCGGGCAGAAUUAUUCAUCAUGGCCUGUAAUUUUGACACCAUACAAUCUCCCCCCAGGGAUGUGUAUGAAAGACGAGUUCAUGUUUUUAACUGUUAUUGUCCCUGGGCCUCGAAAUCCUAAACACCAAAUGGAUAUUUUCCUGCAACCGUUGAUAGCUGAGCUGAACCAACUGUGGGAAUUCGGAGUGCAGACAUUCGACGUUCAAAGGCGACAGAAUUUCCAAAUGAAAGCGGCACUUAUGUGGACAAUUAAUGAUUUUCCUGCUUAUUCGAUGUUGUCUGGCUGGAGCACAUCUGGGAGGCUGGCUUGCCCACACUGCAUGGAAAAUACGGAAGCUUUUACGCUUAAAGGGAGUAGAAAACAGUCGUGGUUUGACUGUCACAGGAAGUUCUUGCCUCGUGGUCACCCGUACCGGCGUAAUACAACUCAUUUCCGAAAAGGAAAAACCGUAACCAAUAGUUUCGGACAGCCGAAAACCGGAGAAGAAUUGUUGGCAGAGGUGGACAGUCUGGGAUUUAUGAAGGCAUAUGAAAUUGGGGCUGAGAAAAAUAAUGCUGCGAAGUCGGAAAAUUAUGGUUGGAAUAAAAAAAGUAUAUUCUGGGAUUUGCCGUAUUGGAAAACGAAUCUAAUUCGUCACAAUCUCGAUGUCAUGCAUAUUGAGAAAAACGUAUUCGACAACAUUUUCAAUACUGUACUAAAUAUUCCCGGGAAAACAAAAGACCAUGCAAAAUCGAGAGAAGAGUUGAAUGACAUAUGUGCUCGGCCUGAGUUAGCAAAAGAUCCGGUUACUGGGAGAUUUCCUAAGGCAAUGUAUGCUUUGGACAGGGACGGCAAAAAGGCUUUGCUCGAGUGGAUAAAGUUAAUAAAAUUUCCAGAUGGCUAUGCGUCCAACUUGUCCAGAUGUGUCGAUACAAUCGGUAUGAAAAUGCAUGGAAUGAAAAGUCACGACUGCCACAUUUUUAUGCAAAGACUUAUGCCAAUCGCUCUCCGUGAGCUAUUACCGAAGGAAGUGUGGGAGCCUAUAACAGAGUUGAGUAUCUUCUUUCGUGAGUUAACCUCCACGUCUCUAACAGAGAAAGAUCUAGAUCGUAUGAGGCUGGAAAUCCCAAAGAUAUUGUGUAAGCUGGAACGUAUUUUUCCUCCCAGCUUUUUUGACUCUAUGGAACAUCUACCCGUACAUCUACCGUACGAAGCUAUGAUGGCAGGGCCGGUUCAGUAUCGCUGGAUGUACCCAUUUGAAAGAUAUUUGAGAAAACUGAAAAAAAAAGUGAGCAAUAAAGGGAGGGUGGAAGGAAGCAUUAGUAGCGGAUACUUAAAUGAAGAAACCGCAAAGUUUGCAGCUUAUUAUUUUUCAGAAGGUGACCCAAUGAUACCUGAGCGGCUGCAAAGAAAUGAAGUUUGUGACAUUGAAGUCGACGAUGAUGUUGAGAGACUAUCGAUUUUCAAGCCGCAAGGGCAAUCAGUGGGUGCUUGCCGCAAGAGAUAUCUUGAAGAUGCUGAGAUUGUUGCUGCCCGGACAUAUGUUCUGUUGAAUUGUUCAGAAAUUGAAAAUUACAGAGAGGUUUUCGAAGGCGAGUUGCGUAGAGGAAACCCUGAAAUCAGCACCUCGCAAAUUGAAGCAAAGUUCGAGAGUGACUUUGCCUGCUGGUUUCAACAAUAUGUGCAAGAUCCAACUGUCUGUACCAAUCCCUUCAUUCUUAGUCUCGCUAAAGGACCUCUUAGAUCAGUCAGAACAUUUAAGGGGUACCGUGUAAACGGGUUCAAGUUUCAGACUCAAGCUUAUGGGGAGGAACAACUUACAAUGAAUAGUGGAGUCUGCGUAAGGGGAACUCAAUAUGUCGAUAGCGAAAAUGACUUUUAUGGAUUUCUGACAGACAUAAUUGAGUUAGAGUAUCCAGCGCUUCCAAUGAAAACGACUGUCUUAUUUAAAUGCGAAUGGUUCGACCCAGCGCAAAAUUCAGGCACAAUUAGUAACAAAAAAUACAACAUGGUGGAUAUUAAUAACAGAAGGAGAUACAACAAGUAUGAACCGUUCAUCUUAGCUGAACAGGCCGACCAAGUUCAUUACCUGCCAUAUCCGAGUAAAAGAAGGGAUAAAAUAAAUUGGUGGGCAGUUUGCAGGAUAAAGGCGCGAUCAGAGCUUGACAUGCCCGAAGGGAUUAUCCCGGCCUUUCAAGAUGACAUAGAAGAAAAUCCUCUCAUUGUUGCAACAGAAGACAAUCCGACAUAUUUGGCUGAUCAAACUGGAGAAGCUGAGGAAGAUGCGUUGUUCAUGCCUCCUGAACAAGAAACAGAAGAUGAGUUCAUCGCAUCCUCAUCAGACGAAGAUGAAAGCGAAGAACUUUAGUAGUUUAGUAUAUUUUAUGCACUAGAUUUUUGAAACCUUAAUUAAUUGUUAAAGAUGAUGUAUUAACGCUUCUCCAAUUUAUGUUUUAUACUUAUAUUAUUCAUGUGUACACUUGUUGAAUUUGAA